AUGAAAGCAGUCACGUUGCUCCUGAAGGCCGCCCUACUCGCAGUGGCCAGCAGCCUGAGGACGCCGGACGUGAGGAGCAUGAGCCAAGAAAUGAUCCCGAGGGAGAAUCAAAGGUAUAUCUUCAUUGAAAGAAAAAGAAAAGGAAGACGAGUCUACACAAAUAUAAACUUCUACAACAUUGAUAAGAAUGUAAAAAAUGAGAUCAUAAAAAAGAAGGAUUUUAACUAUAACGAGACGAUAGCAGAUAAACUGAGGAAGUUGAAGAAGCUGAAAAAUGUAUUGAACCAGUACUCCUUACGGAUUGACAAAGAGGAAUUGGAGGAACUAAGACAGAGGACGAAAGAUCUGGUGAAGACGAAGUUCGAUUUCGCGAGAAGUUAUUAUGUAAAUGUAUAUAACAAAUUGAAGGAGGAUUCUGGAGUAGUUUUGGAUCAGUUAAAACAUGGCUAUAACGUCUGCUAUGAUUAUCUUGGGAAUAGCUCCUUGAGCAAUGCUUUGCAGCAUUUCCGUCAGAACUUACCUUUUCUGAGCAAGUCCAGUUGUGUGCCCAAGAUGGUUAAUUACAAUUCAGUUAAUUUGCUCUUCAUCCUUUUUACCUUCAUUUAUUUUAAGAGCGAUUUAAUUUAUAGCCUUUUUAAAAAGAAAUAUGCAUUUAUUGGAGAGUUCAGAAAUGUGAAGACGGACCGACUUGUGAAGAUGCACACGCUGUCCACUUUGGGUUUUUUUUUUUAUAAGUUCUUCGUGUUGCGGUUGUUCUUUGUUUUAAAUUCCUACAGCUUUCUUUCUCGAAAAUUGUCCAUUCUGAACAACCUGGUGCACGUCCUCUUUUUUUCCUUUUUGUCCGUCUACCCCUACUUCCUCGUGCAGGCCAACUGGGGCAGCUUCCACUUGCUCGACUCGCGCAGAAGCAGAAUCCUCGGAGGCGUUGUGCUAGCGCAGCUGCUCCUCAUCUACACGCGACUAAUGUGCCAGAGCAACUGGACCUUCCUCAAGAAGUGGACAGACGAGCAGUUCUUUAACAGGCACGAAGUCAUGAGGGCGCUCAAGGAGGACCAGAAGACUGACUUCUACGUCAACCUCCUCAACCAGUACAGCUUUCUCAAGAGGCUCUAUCUGGGAAACAACAAGUUGUACGAGUUCCUGCUACACCUACACAAAUACAAGUACCUCCUCGAUGUCAUUUCCCCCAUCAAUUCGUUGUUCUACAUUUACAUCGCGCACUCGGCCUACUACUACCUCAACAAUUUGUCCUUCGCUGGCAUUUACAUUUCUUCCUUUUCGCUGGCGCUCUUCCUGCUGAACGUUUUAUCGAACAAAAUCGACAUGUACUUCUUGACCCGCGCGUAG